AUGGAAUGCUGCAACAUUUACAAGAACAAUAAAAACAGUAACGAACACUAUCGGCAAGCGAGCAACAGUAGCGGACGCAAAAUGUUACCCUCUAUUGUGAUAUUUCUUUGCGUUGGACUAUUACCGGCAGUUAUAUGUUUUGAUGGGUUGCAGGGUCAAUCUAUUAAGGAUGCCUUUGGCGAGUUCUCACUGACGGACAUGAUCAGCGUACAAUCGCAAGGUAUCGAAUAUGAGGAGGCCGAUGAUGGCUUUCCCUCGUAUAAGUUUUUCUCCACAUCAGAUGUUAAAUCAUCAUAUCGAGUCUUACUGCCGGAAAAACUCUACGAAUUUGCGAUACUUGUCAAAUUUCUUCCAAAUAGUCCCAAAGGUGGCUACCUCUUUAGUGUAGUCAAUCCUCUGGACACUGUCGUACAAUUGGGCUUACAUCUAUCGCCAGUGAUUAAAAAUGUCUGGAAUGUUUCACUGCUCUACACCCAAUCGGAUCAAAAUUCUAUCAGUCGGAAAUUAGUCAGCUAUCAAUUGCCUUACAGGGGCAAGGAGUGGACAACACUUUCUUUUCAGGUACUCGGCGACAAGGUGCUCUUCUACUACGAUUGCGAAUUGAAUAAAACAACAUCGGUGGUAAGAGAACCACAGGAGUUGGUCUUCGAUUCUGCAUCAACUUUAUAUUUAGCACAAGCAGGUCUCAUACUCACCGGGCACUUCGAGCUAGCUUUUCACCACUGGCGCUUCCGCACGAAAGAACAAAGCUAUUUACUCAUAAUAACAGCAGCGCCAAAGAAACGUACACCGACAAAAGCCAUACAAUGCGAAGUUACAUGCCAGAAAAUACUGGUUUUCACGUUGAGUGCGAGUGGGGUAGAAAGAGAGGGCGACACUGAGGGUGGUGCACCACGCUUCUAA